CUCUCUCUAGAGAUGAGCUGCAAACUUCACUGAAUGCCUUUCUGAAGGGAGACAUCAGAAACACAGCCAGCAUUAGUCGCUUUCCAUCUUUUAGCCUCUCCUUUUUGUCACUCUCUCUUCUCAUUCUACUCUGCAGCAAAGAAUACCAAUUAGCAGUAGUGGCCGGCCGGCAAUGCGUCCAGCAGCUUCAUCAAGGUGGUGUCCAACGCCGGAGCAGCUGAUGAUCUUAGAGGAAAUGUACAGGAGCGGGAUCAGGACUCCGAAUGCAUCUCAGAUACAGGAAAUCACUGCCCACCUCUCCUUCUAUGGCAAGAUUGAAGGGAAAAAUGUGUUUUACUGGUUUCAGAACCACAAAGCCAGGGAUAGACAGAAGCUUAGAAGGAAGCUCACCAAGCAACUCCAUCAACAACAACUUUACUUCCAACACCACCACCACCUUCACUUUGAUUCCCUUCCUCCGGUUUCUAGUACUCUCCCUCAACUUCCACACUGUUGCCCAGUGGGGUGUCUUCCUCAGGACACUGGAGUUGAUCAGCGUGGAUCAACGCAAAUAAUGGGCCACUCAUGGAAGGCGGAUCUUCGUCACCUCCAGGAAAUCAGCUCCGAGAUGGAUAAACCCACGGCGAGAACAAACGGCCGUGAUUGGAUGAUGAUGCUGGAUCAUCAUGAGGGUCCACCUGCUCCUUACCAUAGACCCCUCAAAACCCUAGAGCUCUUCCCCGUAUCGGCCACAGCUCUCAAAGAUGAGUGCGCUUCAUCCAAGCAAAACCCUCCCUAGCCACCCAUAUAUAUAUGGAUAUAUCUCUAGCUAUGAGUAGUUAAUUUAGAAGAAGUAGGGCUUACUAUUUGCUGCCUAUGGAUUGCUCAUUCUCUCAUCGUUUCAGUCAUAAAUCUCUAGGCUCUGAAGGGAGAAAGAUCUCAAUUGUCUAAUUAGCAUAUUGUAGCACUGUGAUCCUAUAUUAUAUAUACUUGUGCUACUAUAACUU